GUUCCAAAGGGGGAGUGCCGAGGGAGAGAGACAGAGAGAGAGACAGAGAAGAGAGAGAGAGACUACAUAUACAUCCCAACACUAGGAGGCUGGUGCUCAGAGGCACAGUUGGACUGUUGGAUAACUGGACUGCACCCCUGUAUACUUUAUUGGACUAUCAGAGUUCUCACUGUGAGACCAGCAGGGAUUCACUCUAGUUGAGAGUUUGAGCAAGGAAGCAGGCCACAGUUCAACAAUACCUGAACAGCUCUACAUGUUAUACUGUUAUUUGUUGUGCACUGAAUAAUAACAAUACCAGCAAAGAUGGCCGGCCAGCUACAGAAGAUCGUAGCAGAGAAGAAGAACGUGGUAGAGACUGUAAUGGAAGUGUUUGAACAGGGAGCUGAGGUGGUGGCCAGUAUCGCAGGUGACCUCUUCCCUGUUUUCGCCAUCGCUGCUCCCAUCGUGAAAUUGGCCCUGGACAAUGUGGAGAGCAAGGAAGCUGCGUUCAUGAAGGAGCAGUUCCAGAAGGUUCGUGAACGCCUGGAGGUGGUUUCAGAGGAGAUGCAGCGUAUUAACGAGGAGAUCAAGAAGAGCGGAGCGGACGCUGCCUACUUUUCUGUAGAGGAGAACAUUUCCAACCAGUUCCGCAAGUACAUGGACAUCCUAAAUGCCAAACCCAAGUUUCGUGAGGUCAAGAAGAAGCUUUUCAUGGAGCAUUUUGUCAAAACAGGUGGCGACAAAAACCUACACACCCUCUAUAGUGCCGUGACGGGAGACAACUUCUCUGGAGAGUCAGUGUUGGAAAUUACUCUUAACUAUGAAGAGAAAAGUCGACGCGCAAUGGAAGACUUCUGUGCCAGGUUGAAGAACCUCUUUUGCAUAGGCCUCAUCGCUCUGAUGGGCUACACCGCACUAAAGGACUGCGAUGACGAAGAGAAGCUUCUUCAAGACUGGGGUGAAAAGAUGAAGGAUGUACAGGUGAAAAUGAAUGCUGUCAUUGAGGACUGCAUCACCAGCUUCCCCAAGCAGGCUGAACUGGAUUCCCGGAGGUUGGUUAGGGACCACUCUGACCUGAGCAACCAGCAGCUGGCAGACGCCAUUUUGGAGAAGCUGAAGAGAAAGUAUGACUGGGUGUGCUGGUCUGUCCGUAUAUUCAGCUCCCCUUCAGGCCUGUUCUCCAGCAAAAAAGACAUCCAGUGCCCCACAGGAAAAAAUCGCUUUCAGGUGCCAGCGACAGACGAGAAGCUGAACGUAAUGGUGUCCUACAGUGCCUCGCCCGAGCCUCUGAACAAGGCCCACAUCCAGCAGCUGAUCCAGGGUCAGAAGAAACUCACCAUAGUGGGUACAGCUGAGCUCCUGUUUGAGCAGUUGCCAGGUCCAUGUGCAGUCCACACGGUCAAGACUUGCAAAGACCUGGCCUGUGUCUGGAGCUUUGCCGAAGAGCUACACUACUGGGAGGAGCACAAGAACUUCUAUGUUUGUGUUCACUACAAUUGACUUUUUUUCUUACCUAAAAAUGAAUGAAUAAGUAGCCUUAGCACCCAAUGUUAUAUUCAGUCCAAUUUUGAUCUUUACACUAAGACUGACAUUGCCAAGUACUUUCUCUCUUUCUCAGUUGAGUUCUAAUCCCCAGCUAUACUAAUGAGGAGGAACAUAGGCUAACAUUUAUAAGGCAUGAUACUUACCAAAGACUGUUUUACCUGUUAAUCUAUUCUUUGUAAUGUUUUUCUUUUAUGUAUGCCCCCUACUAAAAUAGUGUAAAUAAAAUCUGCUUUACAUUUUCAAAUAAACCACACAUAAUAACUGUGUUAGUCAUGA